AUGUCUAAAAAAGCUAUCAAUGUGCGCGUCACGACCAUGGAUGCCGAACUGGAGUUCGCCAUCCAGUCGAAUACCACCGGCAAGCAAUUAUUCGAUCAGGUUGUCAAAACUAUCGGUCUCAGAGAGAUAUGGUACUUUGGACUUCAGUACACCGACACUAAAGGAUUUCCAACAUGGUUGAAAUUGAACAAGAAAGUGCUUUCCCAAGACGUCAAAAAGGACUCCACACUCAUGUUCAAGUUCCGUGCCAAGUUUUAUCCUGAGGAUGUUGGAGAGGAGAUCAUACAGGACGUUACUAUGCGUUUAUUCUACUUGCAAGUGAAAGAUGCCAUAUUAUCGGACGAAGUGUACUGUUCUCCUGAAACGUCAGUGUUGUUGGCUUCCUUCGCUAUGCAGGCAAAAUACGGAGACUACCAACCGGAAACACACAAACCUGGCUGUCUCACUGCGGAUAGACUCCUUCCACAACGAGUAGCUGGUCAAUUCAAGAUGAGUUCCGACGAAUGGGAAAAGCGAAUAAUGACAUGGUGGGCAGACCACAAAGGAACUAGUCGUGAACAAGCUAUGGCUGAGUAUCUUAAACUGGCACAGGACCUCGAAAUGUACGGCGUCAAUUACUUCGAAAUCAAAAACAAGAAAGGAACAGAGCUAUAUCUCGGUGUCGAUGCUCUAGGGCUCAACAUCUACGAAAAAUCGGAUAAGUUGUCUCCAAAGGUCGGCUUCCCGUGGUCUGAGAUACGCAACAUCUCGUUCAAUGACAAGAAGUUCGUCAUCAAGCCAAUCGACAGAAAAGCGAACGACUUCGUAUUUUACGCUCCACGAUUGCGCAUCAACAAACGUAUUCUUGCGCUAUGUAUGGGCAAUCAUGAACUGUACAUGCGUCGUCGCAAGCCUGAUACCAUCGAGGUUAGCGCUUUCAUACAUAAUGCGUUGGCAGCCAGUCAUUUCUGCAUUUUGUUGCAAAAAUUUUUCGAAAUGUCUGCACGCGAGCAAGCCGAAGCCCGUCAGCGUGAGGCUGAGGAUCGCAUGCGACGUAUGGCAGAAGAUAUGGAGCGAGCUAAGCGAGAACUCCUCGAGGCUCAAAACACCAUUCACAAUCUCGAAAUGCAGCUUAGACAGUUACAGCUGGCAAAAGAGGCACUCGAGAAUAAGGAGAUGGAGCUCCGUGAACUUACUUCUCAGCUGCAAUCCGAAAAGAUGAUGAGCGACGAGGAAAGGCGAAGACUUCGUGAGGAAGUCGCCAUUCGUGAAUCAGAGGUUAACGCUAUGCGCACUGAAGUUCAACGUCAGACAGAAGUCACCCAUCGCCUUCAAGACGAAAUUGAGUCGCACACCUCGGUCAUCAAUCACACCACUCACUAUUCACUUUUUGAUGAGUUAGACUUUGUUGUGUUUGCAGAGCUCACUAAUGACGCUGAUCAACACGUUCCGCAAAGAGAAUUGGAGCGAACUACAGCUGCCGAACAGAACCAGAGCAUAAAGUCGAAGCUUGAGAUGCUGACCCGUGAGUUGGAAGUGGUGAAGGAUGAACGCGCUGUCACAGAUUACGAUGUUCUGCACAUGGAGAACAAACGUGCGGGUAGGGACAAAUACAAGACGUUGCGUCAGAUCCGUGGCGGCAACACGAAACGGCGAAUCGAUCAAUACGAAAACAUGUAA